CUCCUUCACUUUCUCUCUCUGAAACUUUGGAGAUGCAGUGAGUAACAAUUAACCACCAAAGUCAUACAUAUAUUCUCUCUCUCUCUCUCUCUCUCUCUUCAAAAAUUAAGCUUAGUCGUUCUCUGGAAAAUCAAAUUUUCAGGGAGGACUCAACUUAUCGAGCAGGCGAAAGAGAAAAAGGGCGCGAGGGCAGUUUGAGUACUUUGAUGGGUUCUUCUAUGAGUUCUAAAAGCAAAGAGGAUGAGAUUUUACAGUCGACCCCUGAUUUGAAGAGCUUUGGCUUUAGUGAACUCAAAAAAGUCACCAGAAACUUCCGUCCAGACGGUGGUUCAGCUGGUCUUGUCUUAAGAGGGUGGAUUGAUGAGAAUACAUUUAAAGCUGCCAAACCAGGGACUGGCAUGGUUGUUGCUGUGGAGACACUAAACCAGUCACGCGACUUUCACGGUAGUCACCAGGAAUGGCUGGCAGAAAUAAAUUAUUUGGGGCAGCUGUCUCAUCCCAAUCUUGUGAAACUCCUUGGUUAUUGUUUAGAGGAUGAACAUCGGCAUCUGGUAUUUGAUGAGUCCAUGCUGUGGGGUAAUUUGAAAAAUCAUCUAUUUUCAAGGGGUUCUUAUGUUGAACCACUUUCUUGGAACCUUCGUAUGAAGGUUGCUCUUGGCGCUGCAAAGGGACUUGCAUAUCUUCACAGCCCAGAAGCAAAAGUCAUAUAUCGCAUUUUCCAAUCCUCUAAUAUCCUGCUUAAUUCUGACUUCAAUGUAAAGCUUUCUAUUUCAGAGUCGACCAAGGUUAAUGAUGAAUUUCAUAUCAUUGGUUAUAUACCUCCUGAUCUGUCCAUAUGUAAUGGUAAGGAAGUGGCAUAUGCACCUCCUGAGCUUGUAAUCACAGGCUGGUCAACUACUAAAAGUGACAUAUUUGGUUUUGGGAUUGUUCUCCUGGAGAUUUUGACUGGUCAAGAAGCAUUUGGGUAUUGCAAAUUUGUUGAAUUGGUAAAGGCUUACAUGGCCAGCAAAGGCAAAACUGUGGGUCUAAUUGAUCCUAGCAUCCAAGGCCAGUACUCGGUAGGUGCAGCACUAAGAGCAGCUACAAUUGCUAUGCAUUGCCUCCAACCAAAUUCCAAGUUGAGGCCAAACAUAAAUCAGGUGGUGAAUGCUUUGGAGAAGCUUCAGGAGCCUCACACAACAUCAUCAUUAAUCCACCAGGUAGGAGAUGGAGUGACAAUAGAAAGGUGACUAGCAUCUCUCUUACUAAAUAUUAGUUGUUGGAACUUGUAUUGACGACUGAAGUCGUGCCAUGUACUUGUCAGUAGCGAUUGUAACUAACAUGUCUCUUAAUAUAUUUAUUAUACAAUUAUGUCCUUGACAGUGGAUUCAAUUCCAUUUAUUCCAGCCAAGGGGUUGACUCG